AUCAAGCACUUAGGCAUGCAGACUGCUUCUACAAACAUUUGUGAAAGAAUGGGUCGCUCUCAGGAGCUCAGUGAAUUCAGCGUGGUACCGUGAUAGGUUGCCACCUGUGCAAUAAGUCCAUCCAUGACAUUUCCUUGCUGCUAGAUAUUCCACGGUCAACUGUUAGUGGAAUUAUAACAAAGUGGAAGCAACUGGGAAUGACAGCAACUCAGCCACGAAGUGGUAGGCCAUGUAACAUGACAGCGGGGUCAGCGCAUGCUGCGCAGGAGUCAAUAGCUAACGACCUCCAAACUUCGUGUGGCCUUCAGAUUAGCACAACAACAGUGCAUAGAGAGCUUCAUGGAAUGGGUUUCCAUGGCCGAGCAGCUGCAUCCAAGCCUUACAUAACAAAGUGCAAUGCAGAACGUCAGAUGCAGUGGUGUAAAGCAUGCCGCCACUGGACUCUAGAGCAGUGGAGAUGUUCUCUGGAGAACAGUACUUGCCUCACUGCAUUGUGCCAAGUGUAAAUUUU